UCGCGCCAGUAGACCCUGGGCGAAUACGUCUCGAACAGGGUGUCGUCGACGGGGCGAGCCGCACUUACGCGGUAUCUGCACAGACCGAGGGUGGUGAAUCCGGCGUCGAGCUCCGCACGCAGCUGUUCCGGAGUUUCGAUACCCGGCAGGAGUUUCUGCGGUUUACGGUAGAAGGAAUAAAAAGGGAAAGGAUACGGGAACGUGGAAUCCUGGGAAGAGUUCGAUGAAGGAAACAAACUUUUGACACUAAAUAUUCCUUGUUUUUUAUUUUUAUUUUCUUGGUUCAUUUUUUUGUUUUUUUUUUUCCGAACAUGAUAGUCGCGGGACAGUGUCGUAGUUGCGGAAUGUGCGGAUCGACGCGCGAAAGGAUAUUGUUGUUGUUGUUCGGCCAAGUUUGAGAGAACAGAGUUGUUGAUGGAUGAAGCUUGCCAGGCGAUUCGUCUCCUUCACCGCCGCCUUCCUCUCGAGUUUUCGCACAUUUUUUUUUUCCACCCUCGCUUGACCGGACCUAACUCGGAGUGUUUCUACCCGGCAAGCUGUUGCUCCUGUGCAAGGAAUUGGACCUGUUUACCCUCGCCUUGUGUUUUUGCUUACCAAAGUUUCAUCGCUCGGUUUGGUAAGGAGGUAUCCGGGAGCUUUCGAACGCGAGAGAAUUGACAAUAUGGUCCUAACGAACGCUUCGAAAUUGUGCUAUUGAAGGAUUUGACGCAGAGGAGCGUACGCGGUGCUAAAUCGGAAACUGUCCGAUUCUCGCCUCGUUUCGACGAACGGACGUAACGCGGUUACGAGGCUAUUUACGACGGCACACCAGACUCGACGUGCCGGACCGUACUCCGGAGGACAGCCGUGUCACGGAAUUGCACAACGGAGCUUGAGCACUUUGGAGUUGGAGCGUGACACUUUGAUACUGUGGGGUGGGGGAAACCGAUUGUCCUACACUCCGUCUUGGCGAAAGAUCACCGGUGUCGGAUCUUCUGAUAUGCAACCUCCCCACAGCCGCUCCUAACGAAUUGAUACAGGAAUUGAUAGCUUGGGUCCGCUUCAGCAUGGGCUUCCCCAGAUGACAGACUAAUUCCAUCCCCCGUUAGAUGAAGUAGCUCGACGAAGGUUGACGGCGAGAAAUCGUCGACCGGUUGACUUGGAGAGUAGAGGGGAGGAGAGAAAGAGAGAGAGAGAAGAGAGAUGGAACAGUGACCGAAACGCGAUCGAGCAACCACCGCGUCGCCGAUGAAGUCUCUCAGCGAGUAUCGGCCGAGUGUUCGAGUACGCAGCGGUAACGGAUCGUCAAACAUAUCAGGGUCGCGAGUCCUGGGAAAUGGACUGGAACCAGAAGCCGGUCGAUCGGUUAAAGUUGUGGUUGUCAUUGUCGACGGUAGCGGCAGCAGGCUCGGAGCGAACGGGAUCGAAAGCUCAGGCUCAUAUUUUUCCGAGACGUAAAACUUGGUACGACGCGACAGGCCAGCGGGGGGGCAUCCGGUCAUCCGAAGGUUAUCCUGCACGGAGGGCCAGCGAGGCCCAAAACAGAUGCGGGACCCGGGGAGGCAGACCCGCGGCGGCGUGACGCGAUGCGGACGCCCCCCACCUGCGCUGCUACCAGGAAGAAGAGGGCCUCGUUCGGCGGAGAUCAGCAGGAGGGAUGGAAACCGGCGGCCCUUCGGGCCCUGGGCAUCGCCGCCGUCCUCCAGGUCGUCCUCCUCGGUAGCAACGGGGUCGCGGCCCUCGCCGAGGGCCAGAAGUACGGGACCAGGGUCGUGCGGACGCGGUACGGAGCGCUGCGCGGAAUCGUCGCGAGGGUCGCCGCCGUCGAGGCCUACCUCGGCGUUCCCUACGCCACACCGCCGGCCGGGGCCCUGCGCUACAUGCCUCCGGUUACACCGACGCCCUGGCGAGGAACCAGGGUCGCCGACUCCAUGCCACCCGCCUGCCCCCAGAGGCCGCCGCGUCCGGAGGAUGCCCAGUCCGCUCGGAGGCGGGCCUAUCUUCAAAAAAUAACCCCCAUUCUCACCAACCACAGCGAGGACUGCCUCUACUUGAACCUCUACGUUCCAAGGACGCCGCACGGCAAUCCCACGGACCUUCUUCCCGCGCUGCUCCUCGUCCACGGCGACUCGUACUCCUGGGGCGCCGGAAAUUCUCUGGAUGGAACAGCUUUGGCGGCCCAGGGCCGGCUCAUCGUCGUCUCCAUAAACUUUCGACUCGGUGUUUUGGGCUUCCUAAAAACCGGCUCCAAGGCUAGCGCGCAGGGAAAUUUCGGUCUGAUGGAUCUGGUGGCGGGACUCCAUUGGCUGAGGGAGAAUUUGGCCGCUUUUGGCGGCGACCCAGAACGCAUCACGCUGCUUGGACACGGAACGGGAGCGGCGUUGGCCAAUCUUUUGGCAGUUUCACCGAUGGCUAGCGAGCUGGUUCAAAGGGUGGUGCUCCUCGGCGGAUCGGCUCUAUCUUCGUGGGCGAUACAGCGCGAUCCUUUAUCCGUGAAGCGGCGCGUUGCCGAGCAGUCUGAGUGCUCGGGGGACGUAGAGACGGACGACAUAGCCCCGUGUCUCCGGCUUCGAUCCCUGGAACAGCUUUUGGACGUCAGGCUCGAUCCUCCAAGAUUUACCUCAGGCUUUGCCCCGUUCGUCGACGGCGCCGUUCUUCCCAUUGCAGCCCACCAGACGUUCCAGCCGACGGCGGCAUCCUCGGGUUUGAUAUCGGUGAUCCCGGGUCCCGGCGCUGAGUACGCGGCGUUUGGUCAGCGGGAUUUACUGAUGGGAUUAACUUCAGGUGAAGCCUGGCUGGACCUUACCGACGAAGAUUUUCAGAAGGGUCUGAACGAGACGCGGCGAGAUCGCAUCCUCCGGACCUACGUGAGGAACACCUACCGCUACCACCUCCACGAGAUAUAUUCGACCCUGCGGAACGAGUACACGGACUGGGAGCGGGGCGAGCAAAGUCCUUCGGUGAUAUGCGAGGGCCUCCUCUCCCUUCUCGGCGACGGUCAGGUCGCGGCCCCGCUGCUGCGUCUGGCUCUGCUCCAUUCCUCGGGCGGAGGUCGGGGCUACUUCUUCCAUUUCCAACCCGGCGAGAGGGUCAGCCUGAAGGGUGACGAGCUGCCCUAUCUCCUCGGGGUUCCGCUGCUCCGCGGCGAGCCGACGGCCUCCGCCUUGGCCACGCGUACCAAUUUCACAACCGCGGACGAAACUUUGUCCAGACUGCUCGUCCACUACCUUGCCAACUUCGUCCGCCGAGGGAAGUUCGCGCUGGUUAUAAUCCUGACGAGAGCAGGAUUAGACCUGGACCCGGAGGCGCUGAAGCGUUUGCGAAUCACGGUGCCGAAGAUAGGUUUGAUACCGUGGGUCGUCGAGGCUGGCGUGAUGGCGGUGACGUCCAAGUAUUUCAUGGGUCUUCCAUGGGUGUGGGGACUACUCCUUGGGAGCAUAAUAGCCGCUGUAUCACCGGCGGUGGUCGUUCCCUGCCUCUUCAGGCUCAGAGUAAAAGGAUACGGCGUUGCGAAGGGGAUACCAACCCUGGUGAUCGCCAUCGCUGGCGUGGACGACGCGGCCUCGGUCGCCAUCUUUGGAAUCAUAAAGAGCAUCAUGUUCUCGAACGACGCGUUGUGGUACCAAAUAUUGCAGGGACCGAUUUCGAUCUGCGGUGGUAUCGGUUUCGGCAUCCUCUGGGGUUUCCUCGCUAAGUAUGUACCGGAGAAAAACGACCCCUACAUGGUGCCGCUGAGAAUCUUGAUGCUUCUCGGCGGCGGUCUAAUCGCCGUAUUGGGAAGCGAGGCUAUCGAACUCGGUGGUGCCGGACCUUUAGGCGUCGUCGCAGCAGCUUUCGUUAGUUGCUACUUCUGGCAAAAGGACGGAUGGGAGGUCGAGGACAAUCCAGUUGCAACGGCCUUCGAGAUAUUCUGGAUGAUAUUCGAGCCGAUCCUCUUCGGUAUAACGGGCACCCAAAUAAAGAUAAACGAAUUGAACGGCACGACGGUCUACCUGGGAAUCGGUGUUCUGGUGGCGGGCAUAGUGAUCCGCAUCCUGGUGACGCUGGUCGUCUCGAUCGGCUCGAACCUGAACAUGAAGGAAAAGGUGUUCGUGUCCCUGUCCCUGAUGGCAAAGGCGACGGUUCAGGCGGCGCUGGGCCCGACGCCGCUCGAGCAAGUUUCCGCCGACGACGCCGAGCAGACGGAAUACGGAGAGACCGUCCUGAUGCUCUGCAUCCUGUCGAUCCUGAUAACGGCGCCGAUCGGCGCGAUCAUUAUAACCCUUACAGGUCCCAGGCUUCUUACAAAGACGCGAGCAGCCGAGCAGCCCGAGGAGUGGAACAGGAUACGACGCCCCUCGAUGCGAGAUAUAUCGAUAAUAAACGAGGAGAUCGACAUGGAGGAGGAGGACGCCGCCGAGGAGACGAAACCCUGACGGGCGACGACUCUCUCACCGAAUACGAUUCGAAGGAAGAAGCUCGCGGAGGGCCUUGUUCGAGAAUAUACCUGUAACGAGUUUGUCGGCGCAUCCGUAAAGCAUUGGGAGAGUUAAAAGGGGAAGCUGAAACUCUCGCUGAUCGUUCCCCUUUUAAAUCGUCAUUCUCCGCAUUAUUACCUAACCACGUGACCGUGUACGUUUAACCGCCGCCGUUGUUAAACUCGUCAAAUUAUCAUUCUCUGCAGUAUUUAUCGUCACCGCGACGUCGUCGUUGUAUCGUUAUUGUCGUAGCUUUAAGCUGCGUCCGUCGGAUCGCAUCAGGCUUUUGUUCCUCGACUCGAUUCGUCGGCGUUUUUACAUUUUCCACGACGAAGAUGAGCUGCCGUAACUCUUCUCGUCGUUGCCUUAAAACACUUCGAGGGAUCCGGGACUGUGUUUAGAAGUUCGGGAUGUUUCCGGGUGCGAUUAAGCUUUUCUCGGUUGCACACUUCAUGCGUAAUAAUAGCGAAUAAUUAUUACAUCACAUCAGCGUGUACACAGCGAUUAGUACGUUUGAUAUAUCAUACAUUUCACUCGUUAAAGUGAUCAAAAAAACUUUAUCCGUAACAUCGGAGUCAAUGAAACAAAUAUUUGGAAUCAUAAUAUUCACUUGUAAUGUUAGAGCGAAUUUUUGACCGCAUGUAUGCGAGCAAAGGGAAUUUGUACCUGUGGCUCGUAUAACAUUCCCAGCUAAUUUUCGACUUACGGAAUGUAUUCACGCAAACUGCUGACAAACGGUUAAAUUGUCUGCAAGUUCGAAAAAUCAAUUUUUCAAAUUAUUUUCCUUCCAUUAUGGAAACUGUCUAAAAUUACUCAAUAUCAUAUCAGCUUGUUUUAAACAUACGUAAAUUAUCACCGUUUCAGGAUAAGUUACUAAUAAGAAUAUGAAAAAUAAGAAUAAUAAUAAUAACACUGAUAAAAAUAAAAAAUAAUACGCAGGUACGUAAAAUUUUGAACAGUUUGGCAGCUCGUUACAGGUAGGUGCUCAACUGCGUAAAACAAACGGUUGUAUAUAUUCGAGUGCAGAUUUGCGAUCGAUAAUUGUAUAACUUACUUCUGACGUAUUUACGUGAACAUUCAUGUUAUACCUUAUUGUUCGCACAGGUAUUAAUUAGUAGCGUUACAGACGUUCCCAAGCAUGUUUGUUUCUCAAGCGACAUGCGUUUGUAUUACAACCUAUGUACAUAUAUACGUAACGUACACUCCUCCCUUACACGGAGGUUGAUGUAUGUAGCUUUAGAUUAUUUUCUUUUCCCUCCUACUUCGUAGCCUAUAUGAUUUACAGCGCGUAGAAUAGAAAUUAAAGUAGGGUAUACGCACUCCAUCAACUUGACGAAUAAUCGUCUAACAAAACUAUACGGUAUAAUUAUCGUUAAACGAAUAAAGGUACGUUAUGAUUACACGUAUUUUUCAAUUGAAUUGUGUUGAAACGAAUGAAUAAUACGAGGAGCAAUCGUCAAACCUGUGAAAACGAUUGUGCGCAAGUAAGAAAUUUUUGACUGAAAUAAUAUGAGAACCCUAUUCUAAUAUAAUUUCAUCAUGAUUUUAACCCAGAAUUUGUGUUAGUUCGUUAGUACGGAUUGUAUGUAUUUAUAUUAUUAUUGUUCCGAUAUAUUCAUCAAAUUGUAGAAAAGUACACGCGUGUGUAUUCUACUAUUCAUAAUAUCACUUGGGCUGGAAAGUUACGUCGAAGUUGAACUUGACCGUUCGAAAAGGGGAAAAGGUAAAGAUAUACACACACACACACACACACACACACAAAUAUGAGC